AUAUAAAGCCAUUCAUCAGUUGUCAUUAUGUAAAUGUCAGCACGUUUUUUUAAGGUGCAUAUCAUUAAGGUUCCAAAGAGAAAUAGCAUAAGGGAGAGAACAAGAACACACAAACAAUUCCGGGGGAUAAAAACUCGGAAUUUUGUUCACUUGGCCUUUCAUCUCCCAUUGUAAUUUUGAAGGUUCAUAUUAUUAAGAGAUGAAGGUGAAGGUGUUGGGUAGGAGGAGCAAACUUGUUUUCUUCCUUUGGUGGCUUGGAAUGACUCUUCAGCUUUGUUUCUGGCUCGGUGCUUGUUCUGAGUUGAGAACAUUUAGAAGAGUUUUAAGGGAAACCAACAAAAACAAUUCUCAAAAUUCUGUGGUCAUGAUGAAAACAAGGAACCCUCAAGAGUUGGUGGUUGACAAUGGAAUUCUUUCCCUCACUUUUUCAACACCUGAGGGUUUCCUCAUUGGAAUGUCAUAUAACGGAAUUGAAAAUAUAUUUGACGAGGAAAAUGAAGAUCAAGAUAGAGGGUACCUUGACGUUGUUUGGAACACACCAGGAAAGCCUAGCAAUUUUCAGAGAAUCCACGGGACAAAUUUUUCGGUUAUAGCAGCUGAAGAGGAUAUGGUGGAGCUUUCAUUCUCAAGAACAUGGACAUCUUCCAUGAAUGGCUCAAGUGUACCCAUAAACAUUGACAUGAGAUACAUUUUGCGAGGUGGUGAUUCAGGGUUUUAUACAUAUGCAAUAUUUGAUCGCCCUGAAGGAUUUCCCUCGGUGGAGAUUGACCAAAUUAGGAUUGUUUAUAAACUCAACAAAGACAGGUUCAACUAUAUGGCUAUAUCAGAUGAAAGGCAAAGAAGAAUGCCAACAAUGAGAGAUAGAGAAACAGGGCAAGUCCUUGCAUACCCUGAAGCAGUUCUAUUAACAAGACCAACCAACCCAGAAUUCAGAGGAGAGGUGGAUGACAAAUACCAGUACUCUUGUGAGAACAUGGUCAACUCUGUUCAUGGAUGGAUCAGUGUUCAUUCUGAUGCACCCAUGGGCUUCUGGAUGAUAACACCGAGUAAUGAAUUUCGCAAUGCUGGGCCCAUCAAACAGGACCUUACUUCCCAUGUUGGCCCCAUCACCCUCUCGAUGUUUGUGAGCACUCACUAUGCUGGGAAGGAGGUAACCAUGCAAUUUCAAGAAGGGGAGACAUAUACAAAGGUAUUUGGCCCUGUAUUUGUCUACGUUAACUCUGCUUCAAGCGAGGAUGAUACACUAUCCCUCUGGUCAGAUGUAACCAAUCAGCAAUCCAAGGAAGUCAAAAGUUGGCCAUACGAUUUUCCUCAUUCACCAGAUUUCUUUCUUCCCAAUCGUAGGGGAGUAGUUUUUGGAAUAUUACUAGUCCAAGAUUGGAACUUCAGAGAAGGUAAACUUCUAUAUGCUAACAAUGCUUAUGUGGGCCUAGCUUUGCCUGGAGAUGGAGGAUCAUGGCAGAUAGAAAGCAAGGGCUAUCAAUUCUGGACUCAAGCUGAUUCAAAGGGUUUCUUCAUGAUAAAUAAUAUUGUGCCUGGUGACUAUAAUUUGUAUGCAUGGGUCCCUGGCUUCAUUGGUGAUUACAGAUAUAAUGCUACAAUCACCAUCACACCAGGAGGAGUCAUCAAAUUGGAUUCACUUGUGUAUGUUCCUCCAAGAAAUGGACCAACCAUGUGGGAAAUUGGGGUUCCAGAUCGCACUGCUGCAGAAUUCUAUGUACCAGACCCUUACCCUACGCUCAUGAACAAAUUAUACAACGAACAGCGCAGAGACAAGUUUAGGCAAUACGGGUUGUGGGAACGUUACACUGAUUUAUAUCCAAAUGAUGAUCUUGUUUACACUGUUGGAGUUAGCAAGUAUAAUAAAGAUUGGUUUUUUGCUCAUGUUACAAGAAGCACAGGAAAUAAGACAUACCAACCAACAACAUGGCAGAUUAUAUUUGAACAUAAAAAUCAAAUAAUAAGAGGAAACUACACAUUGCAACUGGCCUUGGCAUGCACUGCUGAUGCUGACCUGCAGGUUCGGUUCAAUGACCCUAGUGCUAAUCCACCAGACUUUGCAACGGGUAAAAUGGGAGGAGAUAAUGCCAUAGCAAGGCAUGGCUUGCAUGGAUUGUAUAGGCUAUUCAGCAUUAACGUACCAAGUGAUCGCAUUGUGAAAGGAACCAACACCAUCUAUCUGAAGCAGUCAAGAGCCAUGAAUCCUUUUCAAGGAGUUAUGUAUGAUUAUAUCCGUUUAGAACGUCCUCCAUUGACACUCAUGUGAGUGUGUCCAAGUGCAACUUCUAGUUGAUACAGUAAAUAGCCCUGUAAAUACUUUAGGCAUUUCGUCUUAGAGUUAGUGGGAAGGCAUGAUUAGCUAGAAAAGAAUAACUGAUAUAGAGGGUAAAUUAUUCAUUUCAAUUUACAACUACCUUAUAUGUGUUCACAUUUGUAGCAACCAAUAAUUAGAUUUUGUUCUUUUAUUUUAUAUUCAA